AUGCACAGAACCUACUCAUUAAGAUCUAGCAGAGCUCCUACUGCUUCCCAAUUGCAAGCACCACCACCACCACCUUCUUCCACCAAGAGCAGAUUCUUUGGUAAGGGUUCCAUCUCUCACUCUUUCAGAAAACAAGCUGCUGGUGCUCUUGGUCCUGAAUUGGCCAGAAAGUUGGCCAUUUUGGUCAAGAUGGAAAAGAACUUGAUGAGAUCCACUGAAAUCACUUCAAGAGAAAGAAAAGAUGUUGCUAAACAAUUGUCCCUUUGGGGUGAAGGUAACGAUGACGAUGUUUCCGACAUUACUGACAAGUUGGGUGUUUUGAUUUACGAAAUUGGUGAAUUGGAAGAUCAAUUUAUUGAUAGAUAUGAUCAAUACAGAAUUACUUUGAAGAGUAUUAGAGAUAUCGAAGGAUCUGUUGAACCUUCAAGACAAAGAAAACAAAAGAUUACUGACCAAAUUGCUUACUUGAAGUACAAGGAUCCUCAAUCUCCUAAAAUCAAUGUGUUGGAACAAGAAUUGGUUAGAGCUGAAGCUGAAUCCUUGGUUGCUGAAGCUCAAUUGAGCAACAUCACUAGAGAAAAAUUGAAGACUGCCUUCAACUAUCAAUUUGACUCUAUUAGAGAACAUGCUGAAAAGAUUGCCUUGAUUGCUGGUUACGGUAAAGCUCUUUUGGAAUUGUUGGAUGAAAGUCCUGUCACUCCUGGUGAAACUAGACCAGCUUAUGAUGGUUACGAAGCUUCUAAACAAAUUAUUAUCGAUGCUGAAAAUGCGUUGGCUUCGUGGACUUUUGACUCGGCAGUUGUUCGUCCAACUUUAUCUUUGGCUGCUACUCAUGAUGAUGAGGAAGGGGCUUACCAUGACGAUGAAUUGGCUCAUGAGACUGAAAACUUGAGAAUUGCUGAACAAGACUUUGAUCAAGGUCAAGCAGCCGUUGCCGACCACGCUUAA